AUGCCUCAACUAGUGGAGCCUGCCAAUCUCCCACCAGCUCCAUUUAAUGGUUCGGAUUCAGUAUUUAGAAAUGCCACUAUUCGACAAACCAUCCAAGUCUCUCUAAGAGCGGAUAAGAUUCGCAUUCGCCUGUCCAAUGUAUUCGGCACAAAUGAACUUGCCAUCACCAAAGUGACUGUGAGUAUACCAGCGACGCCAGAGGUCGGUGUGAGUGCAGCACAGGACGGGUCUAUGAGAACCCUAUCCUUUGACGGAAGCGAAAAUAUCGCAAUCCCAAUUGGAGCACUGGCUGUCUCCGAUCCAAUCAACCUUUCCAUCAAGGCAGGCUCACCACUUAUGAUCAGCAUUUACCUCGAAGACGGACAAAGUGGCUUCUCAAUCACCGGCCAUCCGGGGAGCAGAACGACUUCCUACCUUGCAUUCGGAAACUGGGUUGAUGCGCAGAACAUUACGGACCCAUCAGUCCAAAGCACAGAUCAUUGGUAUUUCAUCAGCGGUGUAGAAGCCCUGCUGCCUACUCACUUCAAAAGCUUUGCCAUCAUCGGCGACAGCAUUACCGAUGGAAGAGGAAGCACAACCAACGCAAACAAUCGUUGGCCUGAUUUACUACUGGCCAGAAUGCAGAAGCACAACUCGACUUCGAACAUAGCCAUCCUCAACCAAGCAGCUGGUGGGAACCGUAUACUCCAAGACGGUCUCGGACCGAGCGUGGUGAGCCGUCUCGAUAGAGAUGUGCUAGCACAGUCUGGGAUUGAGGUUGCAAUGAUAUUUGAAGGCGUCAACGAUAUCGGCGUCGCUGAUGCAGAUACCACGUCGCAAGCAGAGAUCGAACGUCGUCUGAUUUCAGCUUAUAAGCAAAUCGCAACGCGAGUUCAUGCGCUGGGGAUUCCGUUCUUUGGUGCAACGAUUACCCCGUUCGGAUCAUCGGCCACAUCUGAUUAUCUCCAGCCUUAUUCUGGCGUUUUUCGUGAGAGGACCCGUCAGAAUGUUAAUGCAUUUAUUCGGGAGAGUGGUGUUUUCGACGCUGUCUUGGACUUUGAUCGCGUGUUGAGAGACCCUCAAGCUCCUGAUCAGCUGUUGGAACAAUAUGACUCGGGUGAUCAUCUUCAUCCCAAUGUCGCGGGGUAUCAGGCUCUGGCAGACUGCUUUCCAUUGGAGGUGUUUGCUUAG